GUCUGUUUGUCUCAAUCGACAGGGAAUGCUCAUUACUUAAAUCGUUUACUUACGGCCGUGGUAUCAGGAGAUAUUAAAAAAAAGAAAAUAUUGCGGAACAUGGCACGUCUUUGGAAAAAAAAGUUGUUCUUCAUCUUCACAGGAGCAUUUCUGCUAUAUAUAACUGUGAAAUGGAUGCUGCCGAUCAAAACAAGAGUUGCAGAAACAUCGCUUUACAGAUAUGUCUGGAUGUCAGAACCCCCUAGUGUUGGUGAAGUGAAUCAGGAACGGACGGAGCGAAUUCACAAAGUUUGUACUGCAAAGGAGAAAGAGCUCCGAGGGAAUAAAUCCAGGACUGACAUCUCGAGGCACAUGCACAUCGAUCCGAAACAUAAGCUAACCUAUUGCUUCCUUCUGAAGGCAGGAUAUACAUUCUGGGGUUUACUUUUUAGAAUAGUCAGAGGAGAUUUCAAUACAACAUCACCAUUCGACCCAGCAAUAUUUUAUCGACGUGGUACACCUAUUGCAUCACUUGGCUCCUUGUCACACAUGCAACAGGCCCUAUUCUUCAAUAACUCAUUUUCAUUCAUGUUAACCCGAGAUCCUUACAGCCGGCUUUUCUCGGGAUAUACUGAUAAACUAUUCAUGCCUAAUCAACAUUGGUAUAGUGUAGCUCCAAAAAUAACUCAAGUGGCACGACAUCGUCAUCAAAAAUGCGCUUCUGAUAUCCAAUUCAAAGAAUUUAUUAAAUAUAUAAUUUAUUCUGAAGAACACCGACAGCCACGGGACCUUCAUUACCAUUUUGCCUUUGAUUUCUGUGAUCCUUGUCAGUACAAAUACGACUUCAUAGGCAAGUUAGAAACCAUCAAACAAGACACUAUGUAUUUACUCGAUAAAAUGAACCAAACCAAAGUAAUCGAAAACUUGGAAAAGGAUUUAAGAGGACAGUAUAUCAAUUUUACAAUAAAAGAACGCAUUGAUCAUCUGUUCAGUUCCCAAAAAAAAAUUUUGACGUGUAAAGAAAACUUUUUUCAAGUCCAACGUAAAUUCUGGAAAGGAUUUCAAGUAUAUGGCAUAAUUAGCAAGAGAUCGAAGUAUCCUGUCUCCGAGGAGAAAAGCCACGAUAUUACACCAGAAAUUUUCCACGAUACCGUGGUCAAAGCUAUCGGUGACGCAGCAGACGCGGAAGUGUCUCGGAGAAAUAAAGAAGAAGCUCUGCUCGAGGCAUAUUCCACUGUGGAGACAGAGGACAUGGAAAAAUUAAGUCGACUACUCAAACCGGACUGUGAAGUGUUUGGCUAUGAUUGUAGACCUAGUAGAUUAUUUAAGGACAGAAAAUACAUCAAACCUUGGUAUUUUGAUAUUACCACAGCUUGACAUUUUGUCGUUUCAUGAAUGGGUCAUGUCCAUCAUGUUACCCAUUAGUACGAGAGUUAUUGUAUGGAUGUUUGAUUACCUAAGUUAAAGGAUGGUACGAAACACAUGAAAUACAUUCGCUCCUUUCAAUUCAAAAUGUUUUCAAAAUGAACACUCGCUUGUUUUCAAUUUUCUUUUGGUGAUGUGUCGUCCCUUCCGUUGAAGCAGCAGCUUUAACAAAUAAACUAUAUUUGAAGUCUGUUUUAAUGCUUCAUUUAAGUGACACGCUCCACAAAUAUAGCGUAAUAUGUUAUUUAAGAAAUAAUUAACGAUGAUUCGUGUAUUGUUUGUAUUACAUACUCAAAAACUGACAGUAACACUAUGAAAUCGACAGAAACCAUUCUAUUAUCGUUUACAAAAUAUUUCUUAAAAAGCUUAAUGUUAUCACGAUUGCGAUAAUAUGUGAAAAUAAAAGUAAUGAUUUUUUUUCACUGUAAAUUUAAGAAAUUGCUACAUUAGACAAUUUCCUUCACUGAGCAUCAUCAUAUUCCUACGCUUAUAAAUGCAAUAUCUCGCCACACUAAGAAUGAAAUUAACAAAAUCGUUCUGACCGGACGCCGGUGCUCACACCUAAUUAAUUUUACUCCCGGGCAACGAUUAUUUCUAUAGAAAAUGAACGCCGAAGACGUCAACGGAAGAGCGGUUGAGAUAGUUUUCUUUCUCUUUUAUGUGAUAACACUGUCCAAGGAAAAUAACCCGACCACGGAACAAUAUGAUAAAUUGGCUAUUACUUGCAAGGAUAACGGACAGGAAAAACAUAUAGGCAUGUAUAAUAUGUCAUCAUUCAGUAUAGUAACCAUGCAUUCAUACUGUGUCAAACAUUCAGUAUAGUAUAUAGACAUGUAUAAAAUGUCAUUAUUCAGUAUAGUAACAAUAUAUAAACAUUUAUACUGUGUCAAAAUUUCAGUAUAGUAUAUAGAUAUGUAUAAAAUGUCAUCAUUCAUUACAUAUACAGCAACAAUUAAAAUGAAUAUUGUGUCACACUUCAGAAUAGUAUUAGUAUACCGACACACAUAUAUACAGUGUAUAUUAUUUAAUUUUAUUUUUCAUUAUCAUUAUUCCUUCUUGAAAUUAAUGUGGCUCUAGUAUUUGAAAAAAAAGUGUUACUAUAAUACAGUAAUCCUUGCAACCUUCUACAUGUUAUUACCAUCUAUCGUUAUUACCAAGUAUCGUCAAACGUUUCAUUGCACAUAGAAUAUAUUUUGCUUAUUGGUAGCAUUCGAAACUGUCAUUCUCUCAACAUUUAAACUUCCAUUUAAGUUGUGUGUGUUGUUUUGCACCAGUAUGUAAUUAACAUUGUCCUCCUCAUGUGUUUACUCAAUACUUGAGUUAAAUGUCUUUGUAUAUAUUAGUUUUCUUCCUGAGUUUCGUUUUAUCAUUUCUCUUUUUUUUUGUUAUUUUUCUUUUGCUCAUUACAUUUUUAUCACUUGUACCCAAGCAUGUCUGCUAGAAUUAUAUUCACUGCCACUAUAUAGCCGCCCCCUAACGUCGUUUGUGUACCUAGACGUUCAUUGAUAUAGCUUUGUAUAGGGCGGCAAUAGGGCUUCACUACCUGAAAUGUUAUAGUGCUAAAUCAUCCUCAAAUAAAAUGUAUAAAUAUCAGGAUUAUUUUUCCUUGCUCAACAUCGGAUUUUUACUGUCUUCUAUAUUGAAGGCUUAUACUUUGACUUAUGUCUUUAUUACUCUACAAUCGUUUUUACCAAGCACUGACAUAACACUUAUUCUACAACCUACACUUUUCCUUUGUAAUGAUAUAGAAACAAAUCCUGGGCCGGAAGGCAAUAGGGAAUUGUCGCUAUUUCAUCUAAAUAGUAGAAGUGUUCGUAAUAAAAUAUCUGAUAUAGAAUGUUUAGCAUAUGAUUAUCAAGUAAUAUAUAUUACUGAAACUCAUCUUUACUCAAACUAUGGAAAUUUAGAUUUGAAAAUAGAAGGGUUUUAUGAACCUAUACGACUUGAUAGAAACAGCUACGGUGGUGGUGUGAUGGUUUAUGUAUCUAAUGAUAUUUAUUACAAUAGAAGACGAGAUUUGGAAUUUAAGAGUGGUGAAAUAAUUUGGCUAGAAUUGAUCACUGAAAAAAUACUAUAUUAUUGUGUACAAUUUAUCGCCCGUCGGGCAUAUCAAGCGCUCUUUAUUAGGACGAAUUUCAAAAUUCUAUUGAUAGGGCAUUUUCUUCCUGUACUAAUAUAGUGAUACAAGGCGAUAUCAAUGUUGAUUUUCUUUCUGUAUCUAACAGUAAACUCCACGCUAUUGUCAUGCUCUUUAACUUGACCAAUGUAAUUAAGGAACCAAUACGUAUUACUGCAAAUACUAGUACUCUGAUUGACCUUGUUCUUGCUAGUGACAAUGUUAAAGUAAUUGAAUCCUGUUUUGCCGGUUGCCAAUGAAAUGAGUGAUCACGCCGCCACUGUUGCUGUUUUAGAAUUAGCCAAAAUAAAAACCCUAAAACUUUAAAACGUCAUGUUUGGAUUUAUAAAGAUGCAGAUUUUGUGUUAUUUAAUUCCUUGAUUAGAGUCUUUCCUUGGGUUGCUGUUUUAAACAAGCUUCUAGUCUAGAUGAAGCUUGUAGAUUAUUUACAUGUACAUCUAAUUUCUUAGAAUUUGCUAAAACUAGAAUACCAAUGAAAAAAGUUACUAUAAGAAAAAAUGAUAAACCUUGGUUUACAUCCGAACUAAGACUCGAAAUAAGGAAUAGAAAUCGAUUACACAAUACAUUUCGAAACAAUAAAAAUAUUAACAGUUUGAAAACAUUUAAAGAUCAAAGGAAUAAAGUGAACAACAUGAAAAAGCAAGCAAAGUUAUCCUUCUUCGCUAAUGUUAAUGGUUUGAUAGAUUUACUAGAUGCCUCUGAUUCAAAAUCUUACUGGCGACUUAUGCGCCGAUAGAUUGGGAAAUCAGCAAACGCAGAAACUAUUCCUACACUGUUUAACCCUGAAAAUAAUUCUUUAGUACACGAUGAUGAAAGUAAAGCAAAUGUUUUAAAUAACUAUUUCUGUUCAAUAGCAAAUAUCGGUGACGAUCUAGAUAACCCUAGUUUCCAAUCCCGCUGUAAUUCAUCAAUUCAUACAAUAACAAUUACCAGAACCGAUAUUAUUGAUAUUCUAAAAACUUUGAAAUUGCAAAAGGGGUUGACUUUAUAAGCCACAACAUGUUGAAAAAUACUGCAGAAACAGUUUGUGAACCGCUUCAUAUAUUAUUUAAUCGUUCACUAAGAGAAUGUAAAUUUCCUUCUGCCUGGAAAUUGGCUACUGUUCUACCAUUAUUUAAGAAAAAUGAGAGAUUUCUACCCUCUAAUUACAGACCUAUUUCAUUACUAAGCACUAGGUAAACUGUUUGAAAGAAUUAUAUACAAGUACCUCCAUAACUAUUUAAUAGAUAAUAACUUAUUAUAUAAACAUUAGUCCGGUUUUGUUAAAGGACAUUCGACUGUUUACCAGCUAAUUGAAAUAUUUCAUAAUAUCUGCUCAGCAUUAUAAAAUAAAAAAAAAUUAAAAAAAACAAACGUAUGACUUUUUUUGAUAUAUCUAAAGCUUUUGAUAGAGUUUGGCACAGGGGUCUGGUGAUAAAAUUGCAUGCGUACGGUAUAAGAGGAAAUAUUCUUUCCUGGAUCCAUGAUUAUUUACAGGAUAGGAAACAACAGGUAGUUUUAGGUAAUUAUAGUUCGUCUAUUGGUCAUUUAAAAGCAGGUGUUCCACAGGGUUCCGUCCUUGGUCCUUUGUUAUUUUUAAUAUUUAUAAACGCUAUAUCGGAUAGAUUACUUUCACUAGCAAGAAUGUUUGCUGAUGAUACUUGUGAUAGAAGAAUGGACUGAUAAAUGGAAAGUAAAUUUUAAUCCCUCUAAAACUGAUGUCGUUGUUUUCCAUUGUUCUACAACCCCUUUAAAUAUAAAUUUGACAUUUGAUAAUUCACCGCUUCAGAUAUCUUCAAACCACAAACAUCUAGGGGUAACGCUAAUAACAAGUGCAAAUGGACAGAACAUGUAAACAAUGUAGUCAAGUCAGCUUCAAAACACUUAUCAGUCCUUCGUAAAAUAAAAUUUACUUUAAAUAGAGAUACAUUGUCAAAAUUGUACACUGUUUUUAUAAGACCUCUCUUGGAAUAUGCAUGGAACAUAUUUUGUUAGAAUGUCCAUUAUUUGUGGCUUCUAGAAAUAUACUGAUGCACACAAUUACUAACGUGGUGAAUGUACUUGAUAUAUCAACAGAUAUGUUGCUAUUCGGUUCUGACAUGCUUUCUGAAAACGAAAACCGUACUUUAUUUUUAUUUGUCCAAGACUUAUUGGCCAUACCAAACGGUUUGAUUAAUCAAUUCAGCUAACAUACAAUUAACCUAACAUCUUGGUGGCUUUCUGAUACUAAGUUGACAUGAUGCACCGCGUCCGCACCAGUAAGGAGUUUAAAGCUCGGAAUUACAGGAGACGGGAUCUGUGAUGUGGUACAGGAAGAAAGAACAGACAUUCCUGGUGCGGUGCUAUUUGUGUAGUGAGUUUCUGGAUGUGUCUAGCGGUCUGUGGGGGCACUCUGUCAAUUGGUUAUGAGGAUGCAAACUAAUGAUUGGGUUGUUUUUAAUAUGUUAUUUACUGAUAAAGUUAUUACUUAUUACAGCACAAGUACAAAACUAUUUUCCUUCUGUUAAAUGUAAUGUAUUUCAAAAGUCUAUCGAAGCUAACAAUCUGUUGGUAUAUUUAUUUAUAUUAUCUGGAAUUGCAUACUUGUAUACAUAUGAAUAUGUUAAUCAGUAAUAUAGUCAUUUAAUCUGAUAAUUGAAGUUUAUUUGUAAUAUAAUAUGCAGCACGUUUCGUGUAUAUGUGCAGUAUACACUUUUGUUGCUCUCAAUAACAAUGAGUUGAAAAUUCUAUUAGAGCAAGAAAUUUAGCUAAAUGUACUUAAUAUAUAUAUAUAUGAAAUAUAUGUAUCUCCAUAGCUUUAUAUUGUUUAUUAACUUAUAUUCAAUCCAGACAUGCGGGUACAGUGACUUCAUAAUAUGACAUAUGUAUAUGGUAAAUUUUAUCUUGUAUCUAUUUUUGACAUGUUCAUAUCAUCAUCAAAAGUCUUUAUUAUUUUCGGUCAUGUAUAUUCAUUUCAUCAUUUAAGUUAUACGGGAAAAGACGGCUUAAAAUUUUUAUACUUGUGUCAAAUCCUAUUUGUGUUUUGACAAUAAAAUAUGUUAAAAUCAA